AUGUAAUCUCCCUUGGAGAGUAACGAUGCUGAAUCGGAUACGCUCAAUGAAAGAAAUGUAGCUCUUCCUGAGGACACGUUCAACUCGUACCGGGGUUAUUUGCUUAAUGAAAUGCUUCAUUAUAAACCAAUAAUGUUUUUUGUCCUGAUAAUUGUGAGUUUGAUCUUAUCAAUUGUGUUUUUUCAUGGUAACUUCGUAUUCGUUGGGAUUAUUAUCUUGCUCAUUUUCCUCACAUGCUUCAUUUUAAUAGUUCCUGUAUGCCUUUUCAGGAUGCGUAUAAAUGCUCGAGAUUUCAAGAUCAAGCUUUUGGUGGAAGUAAUCACACGCAAGCCAGCGGUGAAGGGGAAGGAAUGGAGGACAAUUACAUAUAAUGUGAAUCGGUACAUAUUUGAUCAUGGGCUAUGGAAUACACCCUACUACUUUUACCGUGACGAAGAUUGCCACCGUUAUUUUCUACGCCUUAUUGAGGGAAAAACUUUUGAGAAGCAAGAGAAGUCGUCAACGAGCAAUGUGACGGACGGACAACGAAAUAAAGGUGUUGAAACUUUCACCUUUCAUUCCAAACCAAGUUUACAAAAGUGUCUUUCCAAGGCAGCGGAAAUCGAACAACAAUCUCAAAAGGAUCACUGGCAGGAGCAAUGUGCAGAUAUCGGUUUGCUUUUCUAA